UCCAAAUUAAAACGCUCAAGGAAAUGAAAAAAUACAUGGAAACUCUUGCAGGAAAGAGAAAGUCAAAUUCCAUUGCCUCAGUUGUGGUUCAGAGACAACAUCCCAAGAAGCAACGGGUUGGGUUCACUCAACCUUCCAAUUUACCAAACUUCAUUCUCUCAAAAAAUGAGUCUUUGCAAAGAGAAUCUGCAAUCUCCUGGAAUAAUGUCAACCUUGAAAAACCAAAUUCCAUAAACAACUUUCUUCUUUCCUCUCAAAUUCAUGAACUUGAUGUUUGGGACAUCAAUGAGUAUCUUCGUGUCUUGGAGAGAAAAAGAAGACCUGUGGUUAACUAUAUUCAGAAAGUUCAAAGAACAAUUACCUCCAACAACAGAGCAGUACUGGUGGAUUGGUUAGUAGAAGUUGCCGAGCAGUACAAUCUUCUCUCCGAUACUCUUCUGCUCUGUGUGUCAUACAUUGAUAGAUUUUUAUCAGUCCAGCCCAUGAUCAGAUCGAGGCUUCAAUUGUUGGGUGUUUCCUGCAUGUUCAUUGCUUCGAAAUAUGAAGAAAUUAAUCCACCCAGUUUGAAUGAGUUUUGCAACAUCACUGACAACACCUAUGACAAAACAGAGAUUAUAAAGAUGGAAGCUGAAAUACUCAAGGCCCUAAAUUUUGAGAUGGGAAAUCCUACUGCAAUCACUUUUUUGAGGUUUUUAUCUGGUGCUGCUUCUGAUUAUCAAAAAACUCCAAAUUGGAAGAUUGAAUUUCUGGGCUGGUAUUUUGCUGAGCUAAGUUUGUUGGAUGAUGAUUGUAUAAGAUUCUUGCCCUCUGUUGUAGCAGCUUCCGCUUUAUUUCUGGCAAGAUUUUUUAUUGAUCCUAAAGUGCAUCCUUGGACUUCUUUCUUGUUUGAAUGUUCGGGUUACAAACCAGUUGAGUUGAAAGAGUGUGUUCUCAUCUUGCAUGAUUUGCAUUUGUCAAGGAAGGCAGAAUCAUUCGAAGCUGUUAGGGAGAAAUACAAGCAGCACAAAUUCAAAUACGUGUCAAAUCUACCUUCUCCUUCAUAUGUACCAAGUAACUACUUUGAAGACCAGUUGCAUAUGACUGAUCAGCAAAAGUUAUGUACGAUUGACAAUCUACUUGAUGAAAAUUUUAACCUUGUCUAGUGUAUUUUUCUUGUAAAUUCAUCACCAUUACUGUGGGAGUUUGUUCGAAGUUACUGGAUGCAGCGUUUAUGCAAUGAGAGGUGAUACAGUUUGCAAAUCUGCAACCCUCUAGGAUCAAUGAGAAUUUCUAUUUUUGAUAGCAAAAGCUUUAAUGGUUAGGAGUGCAUGCAGAAAUGUUUUGUUCAUGUUUUUUUUUUUUCACUUUUGAAUCCAUGAUUUAAACUAUUGGGCUCUGGUUAUUUGAUUAUUUUGUGUGAACUGCAAUAAGGGAUUAAUGGCUGCAUGCAUGAUAUUUACCAUUGUCUCUUUGGUUUU